CAUAUCAUAUAUCCUCAAAAAAAAAAACAAAAACAUAAACAUAUAUACCUCCCAAAAAAAAUAUCAUCUUUCCGAUGAUGACGAUGUUGGAAGCAUCAACUUUAACAACAAGAGUUUUCCGACCAGCAGUUACUAUUAACAACAUUAGUAAUAACAAAGAUCAUAGUAGCAUGCCAUGUUCUUGUAUAAGCGGUUUUAAGGAAAGGGACAAUAUUUCAAUGCAGUCUGGGAAGCAAUACGGAAUCUGCAAACCUAAAAGAGUGAUGGAUGUCACGCUCUUUUCUGGCUGCUGUAUUAAUAAUCAAAGGGGGAUUGCUAUACCUUUUAGACAUGCAUCUUUAUGUUUUCCAAAGCCAUGUCAAGUUAAACGAGAAGAUUCAGAAGGAACCUUAAGCAGUGAAAGCAUGAUAUUGGAUGAACAAACCUUAGAGCAGGAACUACAAAUUGCUAUCCAGGAGGAAAACUACACCCAAGCAGCCAAAAUUAGAGAUAGCCUUAAACUUCUUCAUGAAGACAGUAAAGCGGCUGUUCUAGCAGCAAAUUCCCGAUUUUACAAUGCAUUUAGGAAUGGUGAUUUAGCUGCUAUGCAAACAUUAUGGUCAAAGAGUGAAAAUGUGUGUGUUGUGCACCCUGGUGUUAGUGGCAUAUCGGGAUAUGAACUUGUUAUGGGAAGUUGGGAAUUCGUUAUGGGAGAUUAUGAUUUUCCAUUGUCGAUUGAAGUCAAGGAUGUUCAAGUUAUUGUAAGAGGUGAUAUGGGGUAUGUCACUUGUGUAGAAAUGGUGAGAACAACCGGUAAAAGCUGGGGACGACAGUUUGCAACUAAUGUUUUUGAGAAGAUAAAUGGUCGAUGGUUCAUAUGUGUUCAUCAUGCUUCUCAUGUUGAUUUGUGAAGUUUAGACACUAUUUCAAGCAGGCUAAUAAAUAGUGGCAGUUGGAAACAAGUUGCUUAAGCUCUUCCAUUGUAGUAAAGCGUCGUGAGAGUUGAGAUGGUAUAGUGUGUAAAAUUCUAUAUUUCAUGUUUAUUUAUUUAUUUUAGCUUAAUCUGUAAGCUGAUUACAGAAGAGUUGCUUGCCUUUUUCUAGAUGGUUUUCAAAAGAAAACAUAUACUAGGGUGUUUGGAUGUACGUUUUAGAAAGUGAUGUGAUUAAAUAGUAAACCAGUUGAUAAUAUUUUCAGCUCGUUA